AUGGAGGAGGAGACGCCGCCGCUCCCCGCAGGGCCCUGUGUCGCCGCUGCCGCCGGGCGGAGAAGGCUGCCCAACCGGGAGAGGCCCGCCGCCGAGGCCGACGCCCUCAGCCAGAUCGCCCGGCAGGCUGAAGCCAGGCUUGCGGCAAAGCGAGCAGCACGCGUUGAAGCUCGGGAAAUCCGAAUGAAGGAGCUUGAGCGGCAGCAGAAAGAGAUCUAUCAAGUUCAAAAGAAAUAUUGUGGUCUGGAGGCAAAGUUUGGUGACAUCGAGCAGUGGAUGGAAGACACUGAGCGUUACAACCGUAAAUCGAGAAGAUAUACUUCGGUUUCAGAUGAAGAUGAGCGUAUGUCAGUGGGUAGUCGUGGAAGCCUAAGGCCUUCGGAAUACAGUUACUACCUUGGCUCAGGAUCUCGGACUUCUUCUAGAGCUAGUUCUGCUCGUGCGAGUCCAGUGGUGGAAGAGCGGCCAGACAAAGACUUUGAGCGGGGGGUUCGCACUGUGUCAAGUUUGUCAGCAGCUACCUUGGCCUCCCUGGGCGGAAGCUCUUCACGGCGGGGCAGUGGAGACACCUCCAUUUCCAUUGACACGGAAGCAUCGAUUAGAGAAAUCAAGGACAUCAGUGAGUUAAAGGACCAGAUUCAGGAUGUAGAAGGAAAAUACAUGCAGGGAUUGAAGGAAAUGAAGGACUCCCUAGCUGAAGUUGAGGAGAAGUACAAGAAGGCUAUGCUUUCAAAUGCUCAGCUAGACAAUGAGAAGACAAAUUUCAUGUACCAAGUAGAUGCUUUAAAGGAUGCCUUGUUAGAACUGGAAGAACAGCUGGCAGAAUCCAGAAGACAGUAUGAAGAGAAAAACAAGGAUUUUGAAAGAGAAAAACAUGCUCAUAGUUUAUUGCAAUUUCAAUUCAUGGAAGUCAAAGAAGUUUUGAAGCAAAGAGAAGAACUACUUGCAGAAAUCCAACAGCUGCAACAGAAACAGGAGGGCUGCAUCAGGGAAAUGUCUGAUCUUCAAGAGACAAUAGAGUGGAAAGAGAAAAAGAUAGGGGCAUUAGAGAGGCAGAAAGAGUUCUUUGAUUCCAUACGAAGUGAGCGAGAUGAUCUUAGAGAGGAGGUGACUGUGCUGAAGGACCAGCUGAAGAAGCAUGGAAUAAUCCCUAAUACAGAGGUAGCUACCAACGGAGAAACUUGUGACAGACUUUCAUUGUCUAGUGAUGCUGUUAAGUUAGCUGAAGAUGGCACUCUUGACAUACGACUGAAAAAAUUAGUUGAUGAACGAGAGUCUUUACUUGAACAGAUUAGAAAAUUAAAAGCACAACUGGAAGAAAAACAGACCAGUAAAACUGAUAAUUUACAUUUGGAAGACGGAAUCGUAGAAAAUGGCACAGAAACACAUGUGAUUGAUAUUCAAAGAGAUGCAAAUAGACAAGUUAGCGAUCUCAAGUUUAAACUUGCAAAGGCUGAACAAGAGAUAACUGCGCUGGAGCAGAAUGUGAUACGACUGGAAAGUCAAGUGGCUCGUUAUAAAACGGCUUCAGAAAAUGCAGAAAGGACAGAGGAUGCGCUGAAAGCAGAAAAACGUAAACUCCAAAGAGAGCUUCGUUCAGCAUUAGAUAAAACAGAAGAGCUUGAAGUCAGCAACGGUCACCUCCUGAAAAGGCUUGAGAAGAUGAAAGCCAAUCGGAGCGCUCUGCUUUCUCAGCAAUAGAUGGCAGUUUUCCCUGGAAACCACUUGACAAAACGGCAGCUGUUCUGCAAAGGCUG